AUGUCAACAAUAGCCGAAAGAUACAUUGAAGCUUUCAAAGCUGCAGAUAGGGAUGGCAGCGGAACGUUAACACGUGACGAACUAGUCGCAGUUCUCAAGGAUAACGGAAUGGCUGCAGCAAAAGCCGACAAAUUAAUGGAAAAACUGGACCUCAAUGGGGAUGGCAUAAUUACAUUUGGGGAGUAUAAAGUUGCACUCAACAUAUCAAGUCAGCCAAUGGAUGCGUGGAAAGAGCUGUUUGAAUCCCUUGACAAAGACGGAAGUGGAACAGUAAGUGCCGAGGAGUUGAAGGCCUAUCUUCAGCAAACGGGUUCCGAGAACUUGCAAGAUACCGUUGAUGCCUGGAUGGAAGACUAUGACACAAAUAAGGACGGCCAACUAAACUACCGGGAAUUUUUGGGAUUCAUCGCAUCUCUCGAAGAGUGA